AUGUCAUCUUCGCCGCCAUUGCCCGUGAGCACUGCUUCUGAUGAGCGGUCUAUAUGGAGAGACACCGAUCAGUAUAAAUUUCGCAAACAUAUUAUAGACCUCCAGCAAGCCUGCAAUAACAUCCCCGAGGAUCCGAAGCUGCAUGUGCCCGAAGAUUGGCAUGGCCGACGACCUCCAAGCAAUGACGAUGGCCGUGUUCUGCCGUUCGAAGUCGAGGAACGACUUAGUAAUGAUUUUGCUUUCCUGGUGGCUAAUCAGAAAGAUGCCGGGACAGUCUCUGCCGUUGCCUUAGAAGAAAUUGUCGAGCCUCCAGGCUUGAUUGCUCGGCUUGCCGCUAACGGAGGCGUACAAGAAGGCGUGGUUAAUGCAUUGCAGGCAAUAUUCAGUAUACUUGAGAAGUGUGGCAAAAGACAGCUGCAUCGCACAGUGUGCCGAGACUUAAUAUUCGAUGAAGUUGUCGCAUUGAAUCGGAAUCGUAUAAACGGUCGGCUUCAGUCUAAACACUGGAUCAUGCCUGGAUACCUUGGAGCCGCUCAGCUCGAGCAGCUACAUCAAAGUCUUCAAGCAUUUGCGCAACGUGCAGUCCCAAUUGCUCGUGCUGUUGGCGCUGCAAGUUUGCAGCGCAAUAUUGACGAUCUGUGCUUGAAAUAUCAGAGUGUUGACAGCAGCAUCAAGGACACGGACGAGGAGCUCCAAUCGAUCAAAGCAGCGGUGAAGCAAAGUCACGGGUUCUGUAGCACUCCAGAUGGAAUGAGAAUUGAAGAAACGAUCGCCAGUUAUGGGCUCGACCCAGGGAUAGCUCUCCAAAACAAACACAUUCGCCAGGUUGAUAAGAUUGGGCGGUACUGGGGCCUAUGUGAUGACAUGGCUUCGAUUUCAAGAAGGUAUUCAAAUUUGUUCAAAUCGAUUCGACUUGAGAUAGUUCCACGGUAUCGACCGUUCACGCCGUCAGUAGUGUUUCCGAACAAAGCUGUCCCGUGCCACGUUCAUGCCGAGAUUCAGCUUGUGACCUUUUAUGGUCUACACCCCGAAAUUGUUAAGAUAAAGCCUCGCGUCUUGGGUCAAAACGCAUGCCAAAGCCAGCUCCUGGAAUAUCGCCAUGCCCUGGCAAUGAUCAACGAUCAACUUCAAACCUCCCUCGCUACCAAGAGAAGGAAUCAAUGGAGACGGGCCUAUCCGCUGGAAAGCUGGCAAGCCUUGCGAAGCGGGUUUCCGACCUCUCCUCUGCCCUCAAGUGUAGGGACCCUGAUAUCUAGACUAAACUCCCCCAUUGCUAGCGCUGUCACCUCAAGCACUAUAACGCCUCGAGCCAGACCUAUUGAUCCAUCUCCGUGUCCAGGAUAUGAAGCGGACAAUUCCAGUACUCACAACGCUCUCGGUUCGCUUUACUCAAAUGCUCCGUCUCCAAGGCUACCGGCCUCUAGCCACUUGUCGUCGGUCCGGAAGCCCGACCUAGAGGGUAGUUGCCACGCUGCCAUGCCCACUCAACAAAGAGAGAACCUGUCCCUCUCCGCGAGCAGCAUCGCGUCUUCGGAGCUCCCUGUUCAAAGGAACUUCACCGCGGUAUCCCCGAUUCGGUCGAGAAUUGGUAAUAUGUCCUUGACCUUCGAGACUGAAGGUGCUGUUCAGGGAAGUGUAGCCAUUGCGCGAAUCUUAGACCGCAAAACUCCGAUGCCUGCGAAUUCUAUCGACGUAGAUGCACUAAAACCCGGUGAAGUUAAGGAGUUCGCCAGAGAGGCCGAUGGCGAAAACGUGGUGUUGAAUCUGAACCACAGUCAAGAUCAGUCAACUCAAAUUACCUUGCGGUGGCUGUAA